AUGGAUGACCAUCAUUCUACCUACAUCCCGUUUGAAGGCUUGGAUACGUACAAACCAGUCAAAGAACCGGAUACGCUACCCCCUCAGUUCACUUCUCGACCUCCUCUAUCGGACCCGUCCGAUCCGGUCGAUCGAGACGCUUCAUCUGUGAUCAUCCUCAAUCCCCUUCUAUCCUCGAAACCGACAUCUCUAAGAAAGAUAAAAAGCAUUGGUGGUGACCUCGAUGAAAUGCUUAUCAAUCUGGAUGUCAGCUUAUCGGCUGGGAUGUUUAAGCGUGCCAGCCUUCUGCUUCGUCGUCUUGCUGCCGCAUACCCCCAGGGAUCCCCGGAGUUGCUCGACCUACACAACAAGUAUCUACGGUCCAUGAUAACUUACAUGAUUGUCAAUCGACAGCCUGAUCUUGUAUGGUAUGCACAAAGGUGGUAUGAGGUUGAUAUGGGCCUGCUAUCGGUUAAGCCUGAUGCCAUUACCCUUGCGUGGAUGCUGCGUAUGAGUUUGAGGAUGCUAGCUGGCCCAAAACGCGAAAGAACGGUCCGAAGAUACUGGCAGUCUGCGGUUUCAAGAGGGAUCCACGAGGACAUUCUUCAAUCAUCAAUUUUACCCGAAUCAGAACUUGGUUUGCUUUCCGAGAUCUGCUUCCAUGUAUCGGAAUCUUCUGCAGGCAAUGUUGAGCCCGAUUUGGCUGGCCCAGAAAUGGAACUAGAUUUGAAACCUAAAGUCACCGACGAAUCCGUUCUGCCACCGAAUGAAAUCCUCAACACCGAUCAAAAGGGAUUGGGCCUCGAGUCCUUGAAGGAAUCUCUCUCACUGUUUAACCCCUCAACCGAAUUCACCCCAAAGAAGCUCUGGGGCCGAACGCCUGAAGAAAGGGAGCAGAAUAGGAAGCGUCUGAGACAAGAACAGCUCGAAAGAGACUCUCUAACAUCAGCUAUUGAGCGUUGGAGAAAAGAGAGCGAGGGAGUCAUCGGACAAAGGCGUCAAGUGGAAGCGAAACUGAAUGCAUUCAUGUAUGAAUGGUAUCAGGGUGUUCUCGGUAAAAUCAAAGAAGAACUGGAGCUGGCUAAACGAUCGGAGUCGAAAAAGAAACUGACUCCAGAGGAAAGCGAACGAUGCGAAUACAUUCCGUUUCUACUCGCCAUCGGUCCAAGCAAGCUUGCCGCAGUCACCAUCCUGUCCGUUCUAGGAUCCAUUGGAAGCUCCGGAAUGGACAAAGGCAUUAAACUGAGCUCUCUGUUUACCAACAUUGGCCGUGCUGUAAAGGACGAAUACAUCAUCGAAACCACCCGUCGGUCAGCUAUCGAGGAGGCUCAGAGCGAAAAUGAGGUUUACUAUCUCAACAAGACAUUCCGACAAAUGAAAGUAUACAAUUCGACGGGAAAGUUCAGAUCUUACAUGCAGAAGCACACUAAGGACCAACCCCCUGUGCACUGGCCUGCUUCUACCGAAAUCAAAAUUGGUGCUCUUUUAUCCUCGAUGCUAUUUUCUACCGCCGAGAUACCUACCUCUCACAAAGACCCUGUAACCGAAAAGGUUACGUAUGCAAAAGAGCCUGCAUUUCAACACGUUUACCAAUUGCAAAAAGGGCAUAAUGUCGGGUAUGUUCAGCUUCACGAAAAGGUGGUCGAAAGGCUACGAAAGGAGCCGUCUGGGAAUCUACUAGCGAAACAUCUUCCGAUGGUUUCAACUCCACGACCGUGGGUAUCAAACAAUCAAGGUGGAUUUUUGACCCAGCCGACACAAGUUGUUCGUACUCGACAUGAUGAUGCUCAAAGCCAAUAUUUACAAGCUGCUUCGGAUCGAGGGGACCUGGAUGAGCUUUAUAAGGGUCUAACUAUCCUCGGAAAGACAGGCUGGAAAAUCAACCGUCCGGUUUUCGAUGUGAUGCUCGAGGCUUGGAACUCUGGAGAGGAGGUCGCCAACAUUGUUGCUGCCAAUCUCAACCUUGCGGAGCUGGAAAAGCCAGAUGCGGAAGAUCACGAAGCUGUGAAGGCUUACUACCGCGCAAAGACUCGUGCCGACAACAAAAAGAUGGGUAACCAUUCUCAGCGCUGCUACUUGAAUUUCCAAAUGGAGAUUGCGCGAGCAUAUCUCAAUGAAUCGUUCUAUCUCCCUCACAACAUGGAUUUCCGUGGACGGGCUUACCCUCUUCCUCCAUACUUCAACCAAAUGGGAGCAGACAAUUGCCGUGGCUUGCUUCUUUUUAGCGAGGGACGAGUACUCGGCGAAAGUGGUCUAAGAUGGCUAAGAAUCCAUCUUUCGAACGUCUUUGGAUUCGACAAGGCAAGCUUUCAAGAAAGAGAACAAUUCGCCAUUGACCACGUCGAGGAUAUUCUGGAUUCUGCCAACAACGGAUUGAAGGGGAAACGAUGGUGGCUAAAGGCUGCUGAUCCAUUCCAGUGCUUGGCUGCUUGUGUAGAACUGAAGAAUGCUCUUAGUCUACCUGAUCCAACAAAAUACGUUUCUCACCUUCCGGUACACCAGGAUGGUUCUUGCAACGGUCUGCAACACUAUGCGGCACUUGGUGGUGAUGCAAUCGGUGCUCGUCAAGUGAACCUCGAACCUGGUGACCGUCCUUCAGAUAUCUACACUGCAGUUGCUGAGCAUGUCAAAGCUUCAAUUGCUAGUGACGCCAAAGCCGGGGAUCCUAUUGCAAAGCUGAUGGAUGGCAAGAUUACUCGAAAGGUUGUGAAACAAACCGUCAUGACAAACGUUUAUGGAGUCACCUUUAUUGGCGCCACCAGGCAAGUUCGACGGCAAAUUGAAGAUCAUUACCCAGAGCUCGCGGAAUCAGACGAAAUUUCCAAAUGUGCAGUUCACGUUUCCAGAGCAAUCUUCUCAGCUUUGAAUUCCAUGUUUAGCGGUGCACACGAUAUCCAGUUCUGGCUAGGAGACUGCGCCAAUCGAGUUACCCGCUCUCUCAACCCCAGUCAAAUCGAGGAGAUCCGUAAAGAGCUUGACUCGCCGUCGAAAACCGAUUUGUCGAAGAAAUUGAAGUUCAAUAACUCUGUUAUCUGGACCACACCCCUGAAACUCCCAGUUGUUCAGCCAUACAGGGAGGCGAAAGCGCGUCAGAUUCCAACCAGUUUGCAACUCUGCACGAUUAAAGACAUCCGUGGAGCAAAUGAAGUCAACCGUCGAAAGCAACUGCAGGCAUUCCCGCCGAACUUCAUCCACUCUCUGGAUGCCACACACAUGAUGCUGUCUGCUAUCAAAUGUGACGAGCUCGGCCUUACCUUCUCUGCUGUCCACGACUCCUUCUGGACUCACGCAGGUGAUAUUGACAAGAUGAACCGUGUUCUGCGCGAUGCAUUCGUUCGCAUGCAUUCCGAUGAUAUUGUCGGUAGAUUGGCUGCGGAAUUUAAUGCAAGAUACUCGAACAACCUCUACCUUGCUCAAGUCCGGCCAAACACCCCACUGGCCAAGAAGAUCAAAGCUCUCCGUGCGGCCAAGGGGCGAUCAGGAAAGCAGGAUAAAGUUUACGAGCUUUUGGAAGAGUACAAACGCAUUGAACUGCUCAAGUCAGAAGAUCCUGCUGAGCAAGAACAGGGUCGAAAUAUGACCACUCCUGGAAGCCUCUUUGCAGCGACCGAGGGGGCAGAUGAUACCCUGGUGUCUGUUCAAUCUCUUGGUGUUGCUGGUAUGGGCCACGUUCCUCCUCCAGAAGAGCAGAAGGCACUCGAGGACGCAAUGACAGCCGAGAGUAGCUCAUCUACACUUAACGCGGUGCCAGAAAUUCCUGAAACGAAAGAACUCCAGGAAUGUGAGGCGGACGUAGAAUUAUCCACGAAGCCGAAAAAGAAAUCAAAAGCCCAAGCUGCUUCUGUUUGGGUCUGGCUGCCGUUGACCUUCCGUGAAGUCCCCAAGAAGGGUGAAUUCGACGUCCGUCGCCUCAAAGAAAGCCAAUACUUCUUCUCCUAA